CUUCGCUUGCGACGCAGGAAAAGCAGCUGCUGAACUACCAGCGAACCUAAUUCCUCUGUGCUUGUGAAUGUGAAAAUCGUCGGGCUCCGCUGCAGGUAGAUUUGGGUGCUGUUUUAUUUCCGUACCGUCAGCGGCGGAUGGGGCGGUCCAAGUGCAGCAAAAGUGAAGCGGCUUAGCCAGCAGGGAUCAAGUGCAUGUGUCGGUGAUAAUAAUGGUGACGGUGUUAUUUUCUUAUCGUGGAGUCCAUUGGUGGGGGUAAAGUUCGCCCUAUUGCGCUGCGGUCGAGACGUUGUUAUUGCAACUCCCCGCCCGAUGGUGGUAGGUGUGUUAGAAAAGUGCUACGAUUUACAAAGAAGAAAGUUUCCUUUUUGCGAUUGAACAAUUAUUAAACGUCACAGCUGUUAGCAUCGAUCGCUAAGAUAAAUCUACCGUGUCUAUCAAGGCGAUCGGGCUACACCUGACGUGUGCGUUUAUUGAUGAGAAAAAAGGAAUGCUGAUACGGAUGCCCCCGCUGCGCCCGCAAAACACCCGACAGCUCGACGCGGUUUCCAGCGCGAGUACCGCAGUGUAGACUGGCCGCUGUCACUGCGCUACUACUGGUAAUGCGUAACGACGAAGAUGCUGGUGCCGCCGCCACCGCCGCCACCGCCGCUACAUCGUAUUGUACGUUGCUGUGUGCGAACGUGCACCAUACUUAAAAAGUGCUGGCACUGAUAAAUAUACUCAGCUGCAAGUGUGUCGCGAUACCGUAAAUCACGAGAACAGGCGCGUCAUUACAAUGGUGAGGUGAAGCAGAGAUAUAGAUUGCCCGCAGCAGCAUCAGCACCAGGCAAAAGGGUGUGGAAUUGGUCAGCCCACGCGGGGUGCGUAGGGCCGUGAGUGGAAGAGAGGAAUAAGGAAAGCAAAAAGAGAAAACAAGUGUAGGAAACAGAGAGAGAGAGACAGAGGGAGAGCGAUACGGGAGAGAAAUAAACAAAAAUCAUGGCCAAUCUGACAGAUGGUGAUCAAAGUUUUUGCAGUGUGACAGUUCAACAACAACAACAACAACAACAACAACAACAGCAGCAUCAAGUAUCCGGCGGAGGCAACGGGUCGCAUACCGGUAACGCCUUGAACGUAGGAAGUGGUGCUGCAGGUGAUGAGGGUGGAGAGGGCGGCGGCCUAGGGGGAAACAGCGGUACUACCGUUGGAUCGAGCGGAUCAAUGGCAGCGACGUCGAUGAUGACGGCGUCGCCGCUGGCGACAACCACAACGUCGACGGUGGGAACGUGGACGGAAUUUUGCGAGCGUCACGCACGGGCGGCCGCAGCGGACUUUGCCCGGGCGUGCGUGAAUUACGUCAACACAACCCUGCCGGAACUGGCGCGCCAUGCCAUUUCGCACCGGGACUUCAUGCGCCGCUUCGUCCACUGCUUCGAGGCGCGCUUCGAGGAGGAGUUUCAACGCCGGAAAACGCAACCUAAGACUGGAAAUGGUUCUGCCACGCUGCCAGAGGAGAGUGACUACUCCGAAGAUACCGAUUCGCCAAAAACCAACCACAAACCGUUCUUCCGACGAUUAUCGUUCAAGGGGCUGCGCAAGGGCAAGGUAAUUCAUGCAUUUUUUCACAAGCAGCACUCCGACGAGGUGGAGCUGUCGGAUAGGCGGGCGAACAAAACCAAACUCGCCAAGAUCGUGGUCGAGUGCCGGAAGGAGGGCACGGUCAACUAUCUGUCGCCGGAGAAUCUCGACCAGCCGUCCGGCUCGCAGAAGUGGGAAAAAUGCAAGCUGGUGCUAGUGAAAACGGUCUCAGGAUACAUGCUGGAGUUCUACUCGCCACCAAAGUCUCAAAAGCCUCGAAGCGGCGUAUUCUGCUUUCUUAUAACGGAAGCGCGCGAAACGACCGCCCUGGAGAUGCCGGACCACGAGAACACGUUCGUGCUGAAGGCGGGCAACAACAUGGAGUACGUCAUAGAAGCGCGCGACACGGACGACAUGCGCAGCUGGCUGGCCACGAUACGCUACUGCAUGCGUAGCACACAGACAAGCUCGGGCGCUGCCGAAUCGACGGCCGCAGAUUUGAACACCAGCCUCAGUACCUCGAUGUCCCAUGGUGGUGGCGUUGGCGGUGGAGGCACUGUUGGAGGGAUCGGUGCUGGGGGAGGAGGAGGUGGUGCAGGUGGAGGAGGAAUGUCGUCAUUGACGACGGACGUGAACAACCUUAGCUUAAGCCAGUCCGCUUCGGCAGCCAACGCGACGCCACCGGGUGGCCCCGGAGCAACGGCAUCGCUGUCGUCAGCCGGAACGCCGGGCCCGAUGGGUGGCACAGGCACCGGAAACACUGCUUCCGGCCAAACCGGGCCGAGUAUGGUGAACGCACCCGACCUGCCCCCGCGGCGACCCGACGACCGGAUAUCGUCCUCGAGCACCUUCGAGCUGACCGAGAACGACCUCGAUCAGGCCCACGAAACCGACACCGACCUGACGGCGAUGAUGCGCGAGUACCCCUGGUUCCACGGUACGCUGCCCCGUUUCGACGCCGCCCAGCUGGUGCUGCGCGACGGCACCUCUAGUCAUGGCGUGUUCCUCGUACGCCAGAGCGAAACGCGCAAGGGCGAGUUCGUGCUGACGUUCAACUUCCAGGGUAAGGCGAAACACCUGCGCAUGACGCUGAACGAUCUCGGUCAGUGCCGGGUGCAGCACCUUUGGUUUCCCUCGAUCACCGAGAUGCUCGAGCACUUCCGGCAACACCCCAUCCCGCUCGAGUCAGGCGGUACUGCCGACGUCACGCUGACCGGGUACGUGCUGACGCCCCAACACCAGCAAGUGAUCGCGCACCAGCAGCAGCAACAUCAUCAGCAGUCGUCGUCGUCGUCGGCACAAUCGCAACAACAAUCGCAAUCACAGCAGCACGCAAACAGCAACAACUACUCCACCACUUUGAUCGGCAGCGGGGCGGCCGGUUCCGGUGCUUCCAACACCUCCUCCUCCAACGCAGCGGGCGGUGGUUCUGCUGCCAACAAUCCCCAGACCAGCCCGAGACAUGCGAUCACGCUGAACGGAAGCGUCCGGAUCAAGACGUGCGAUUUAGAGCUGUCCCUGCAAACGGUCCCUGUCGAGCAGAUGAACUCGCACCAUCUGCACCACUCCCAGCAGCACCAGCAGCAUCUGCUGCUUCACGCACAGCAGCAGCAACCAACGGCCCCGCAGCCCGGGACGAGUGGCUUAGGCCAAGGCUCGGGUACUGGAACUCAGCAGACCGGCACGGGCGAGGACGGUCAACGGGCAGUGGAUAAUCAGUACAGCUACGUUUGA